CGGCAGCUCCAGCGCUUAUCACGUGACGGGCGGCAGCUGAGCGGGGCGGAAGUGACCGAGCCUGUGGCGCCAUGGAGGGGGCCCUGGAGCAGCACCUGGAGGACACGAUGAAGAACCCGUCCGUCGUGGGCGUGCUGUGCACGGACUCGCAAGGGCUGAACCUGGGCUGUCGCGGGACGCUUUCUGAUGAACACGCAGGGGUGAUCUCAGUUCUGGCUCAGCAGGCAGCCAAGUUAACUUCAGACCCCACUGAUAUCCCUGUGGUGUGUCUGGAAUCGGAUCAUGGGAACAUCAUGAUCAAGAAGCACGAUGGCAUCACUGUAGCAGUGCACAAACUGGCAUCUUGACCUUUCACCAGUCUGCUUGGUUGUUUCGACACCCUUGCAACAACUUCUGCUUGUUGGACUCCUACCUCCCUCUGUAAUAUAGCAUGUGCUUGUAAAACUACACGUGGGCCAACUAUUAAAUGCUUGGUAACUUU